GUUUAAUAAUCUGUUUUUAGUUGCUAAAGCUACCAGUAGCUAACUGUAGUCAGUUUACCAUGUGUGAUGAGUGUGUCAGACCAACUGGAGACCAAGAUGGAGACCCAUAUUGUGGUUGGUGUACUCUUGAGAAAGUAUGUACCAGAUUCAAAGAAUGUAAAAGCUCUUCUUGGUUGCCUAGCAACACUGCACAAUGCAUACAGAUUACAGAUGUUGAGCCACCAUUCGUCCAUUACACAGAGGAACAUGUCAAAGUAAAAUUAACUGUUGAGCAGCUCCCACCAUUAAAUGCCAACCAAAAUUAUAGUUGUAAAUUUGGUGAUUUUGUGUCACCUGGACUGAAAGAUGGAAAAACGAUCACCUGCACAUCACCACCUAAAACACAAGUGCCACAGAUACCAAACAAAGAAGCUGCUGUGGAAGUUUCGUUAUCUGUGCAUUCAUCUCAAACUGAUGUUGAUUUUGUUACCACUCAAUUCAGGUUCUAUGAUUGCAGUGCCAUUACAUCUUGUUCCGAAUGUGUUACCAGCUUUACCUGUGAUUGGUGUCUCUAUGGCAACACAUGUACCCAAAAUGCUCCAGCAUUCUGUAAUGCGGAUGAUCAAGUGAUCUUGAAUGGCAAUGCAACUGUGACGCCAGCUCCUGGUGGUAUGCAAGGUUAUGGUUCUUGUCCACAAAUUAUCCGUCAAACCAAUGAAGAACUGAUUCAUGCCAGUCUGGUGAAAGAAGUCCGUAUACCUGUUAAAAAUUUACCAAAUGUCCCCAUUGACUAUGAGUGUGUGCUGACAAUUGAGGGGAAAACAUCAAAUAUUCCAGCGUCUGUUGAGAAACCUAAUAUUACUUGUUCCCAAUACACAUAUGAUUAUGUAGCUGACGAACAGGAACUAACUGCAAAUAUUCAGAUUGUUUGGAAUAAUAGCAACUUCAUUGACAACAUUUAUCAAGUUACUCUGUACAAAUGUUCAGUGCAGCGUCCAGACUGCAGCCGGUGUCAUUCUAACAAUACUACUAGACCACAACUUAAUUGCGUCUGGUGUGGAGACCGGUGUGUAUAUGAUUCAUUCUGUUCAAAAAAUAUAAGUGAUUGUCCAGCUCCUGUAAUUACUCAGGUUAUACCUCUUUCAGUUGCUACGGUAAUGAACCAGCCUGAGCCUGAUUACACUGAGGUCAUUGAACUUGUUGGAACUGAUUUUGGACAAACGUCAUCAGAUAUUGCUAGUAUUAUGAUAGAUAGCAAGGAAUGUGAAAAGACUGCAGAUGGGUUUAACAUAGCCUCACAAAC